AUGUCAUUUAUUGAAGGUAUUGGCGAUGAUGUUUUGUAUGCAUUUUGCUUCAUACUAUUUAUCGGUACUGUAUCAUUUGCGUGGCUUUCAUCACAUGUGAAUAAUAUUCAUUUACCUACUACAUUAUUUAUUAUAGAACGACGAACACAUCGUAGAAAUGGUAAAGAACAAUCAGAAAUAAUUAAUUCAAUUCCAUCAUCAUCAUCAUCUGUUAAUGAAACAAUAACAGAACAUGAAUCAUAUAUUGAAUCAAAUGAAAAUGAUCAAUUCAUUUAUGAACAAACAUCAUUAUCAACAGAAUCAAAUACUAAUCAAAUACAACAAUUACAAUCAGAAAAUAUAAUAAAUUCGAAUGAAUCAAUUUCUCAAAUAACAACAACUAUUGAAGAAGAAGAAGAAGAUCAAUCAUUAAGAAUCACUAUUAAAUUUCUUAAUGAUACUCAAAAAUUAAUAAUAGCUAAUCAAAAUGAUUCGAUUUCGAAAAUCAAAAGAUUAUAUUUCCCUGAUGAAUUAGCAAAUAAUAAAAUCGUUCGAUUUAUUUAUCAAGGUCGUGAAUUACAAGAUACUGAAACUCUUCGUACAUGUAAUAUACAUGAUCAAACUACAAUACAUUGUCAAAUAAGUGCACAACGACUUACAACAACCAAUCGAAUUAAUGAUGAUAUAUCAACAACACAUUUAAAUUCUAAUGGUUUUGAUACAUCAUCAUUUAUUGAUACAUCACCAAUUAAUAUUUCACCAUAUUUUAUUCUUUUUAUAACAUUAAUUCUUGGAUCUAUUUGGUAUUUACGUAUUAAAUAUCGUCUUUUAUUCACACCUAUAUCAACAAUUGUUCUUUUAUUGAUUACGAUCAUACUUUUAAUAUUUACAUGUGGAAUUUUAUUAACAACACGUCGACAAAUAUCACAUAUAAGAAUUCCAACACAUUUACAACAUGUUCAUCUUGAUUGA